AUAAUACAAUGUUGGCCUUGAUAGCAAAUAAAGUGUAAUUAAGCAUACUAAACUGAUCUAAAUCUUAAACUUAAAAACGUAUGGUGCCCAUAAGUGUGUCAAUCAUAUUCUUGUCUAUUAGACCAUUCCUCGUUUGGAUUCUUUGACCAUCAUCAUAUGAGGGGAUAUGCGGACUUCCCCAAGGUCCAAGCAGCUGGGAAACAAAGAAUGAGAAAUAUUAUACGGUGAGCUUCAUUAGAGGGACACGAUCAAUGGCGCCUAUGCGAGUUCCCCAUGGCGUCCUCCUCCUCCUCCUCUCGGCCUUGUUCUUUCCCCAGCUGUGUACCCUCCGCGCCGAGAAGCCGCCCUUCUGGUACAGGACCACCAAUCUCUCCACCACCUGGGUCAACAACGAUUCCCUUCCCCAUGACUACACCGUAAUGUACGUGAGCUUGGACUCCACUAUUGGAAUACGCACCAUCCUUCUCCGCGCCAACCCAGCCGGAUUCGGCCCCUCCUUCGCCUGCGGCUUCUUCUGCACCGCCGCUUGCGACGCCUUCCUCUUCUCCGUAUUCAUCGGCUACAGCGCCGCCCACGGCUAUGGCUACGUCCCCGUUCCAUCGCCGCGGGUCGUCUGGACCGCCAACCGCGACCGCCCCGUCCGCGAGAACGCCACGCUCCAGCUCACCGAAACCGGCGACUUGAUUCUCCGGGAUGCUGACGGCACUCUAGUGUGGUCCGCAAACACGUCGAACAAAAACGUGGCAGGUCUAAGCCUCACAGCGGCGGGAAACUUGGUGCUCUCCGAUCGCGCCAACGCCUCCGUCUGGCAGUCCUUCGACCACCCCACCGACACGCUCGUCAUCGGCCAGUCGCUGGCCGAGGGCAUGCGUCUCACCGCGAACCUCUCCGCCGCGAAUGACACCCAAGGCCGCCUCUACCUCACCGUCUCCUCUGAUGGCCUCCGUGCCUAUGCCGACUCCCAUCCCCCGCAGCUCUACUAUGCAAAUCUAAUCUGGAGACCUAAGCCAGGAGACAAGAACUCAACCUACGUAACCUUCCAGAAUGGCAGCCUUGCAAUCUUCACUUCAUUAACGGAUCUCAGCAAGGUGAUCUCCAUACCUGCGCCCAGUGCUGCAGAGUCUAUUCAGUUUAUGAGGUUGGAGUCCGACGGGCACUUACGGCUUUACGAAUGGAACUAUGAUGAGGCGGUGAUUGUAGAUGAUGUGAUGGGUAAGGAGAAAUGCGAGUACCCUACUGUAUGCGGUGAUUACGGCGUUUGCUCGGAUGCCGGCCAGUGCAUCUGCCCUUUCACAGCCUACUUUGAGCUAGCCGACAAUUGGCUACCUGAUCUCGGUUGUGCGCCGUCGACUCCUCUGACUUGCCAAUCAAUGCAGGAUCAUGAGCUAUUACCUCUUAACAAUAUUACUUACUUCAAUUACAUCGACGCGCCGACGUUGCAGGGUGUCAGUGAAGAGAGUUGCAAGCAGGCCUGUUUGAAGAACUGUUCUUGCAAGGCUGCUCUGUUUAGGUACGGUAAUAAUUCUUAUUACGGCUCCUGCUACUUGCCCUCAGAACUCUUUUCAUUGCAGACACACGAAUUUGUACAGUAUUACAACUCUUCUGCAUAUAUUAAAGUUCAAAACGUCCCGAAAUCCCCAGGUUCUUCUCCAGCGGAAAGGGCUGCCGUUCCCAGGACAAGUUCCAGAAAAAGAACUCUAUUAGGGAGUGCGCUAGGAGUUGGAUUUUGUUUAAUGUUUCUCGCCAUUUUUCUUGUGCGCCUUGUACGAAAAUGUAAGAAAGAGGAAGAGGAGGAACCAAUUUUCUAUCAAGUACCAGGAAUGCUGAGAAUAUUUUCGUUCAAGGAGCUGAAAGAAGCAACUGGCAACUUCUCCGAGAAGCUCGGAGAGGGAGGAUUCGGAUCCGUUUUCGAGGGCAAAAUAAACGACGUAAAGGUUGCCAUCAAACGCUUGGAUGGUAUAGGUCAAGGUAAGAAAGAGUUCUUCGCCGAGGUCGAGACUAUCGGCAGCAUUCACCACAUCAAUCUCGUUAAAAUGAUCGGAUUCUGCGCAGAGAAGACGCACAGGCUUUUGGUUUACGAGCACAUGUGUCAUGGAUCGCUCGACAAAUGGAUCUUCUACAAAGACCAAGUCAGCCCCCUUGAUUGGCAAACUCGACGAAGAAUUAUCCUGGACAUAGCAAGAGGCCUAUCGUAUCUCCACGAAGAUUGCAGGCAAAAAAUUGCUCAUCUCGACAUCAAGCCGCAAAACAUCCUCCUAGAUGAGAAAUUCAAUGCAAAGGUUUCCGAUUUUGGAUUAGCGAAGCUAAUAGAUAGAGAUCAGAGUGAAGUAGUUACUCGAAUGAGAGGCACGCCGGGGUACUUAGCGCCGGAAUGGUUGACUUCAAUAAUCACCGAGAAGGUCGAUAUCUACAGCUUCGGUAUUGUCGUAACGGAGAUUAUCUGUGGGAGGAAGAACUUAGAUCAUUCCCAACCCGAAGAGAGUAUUCAUUUGAUUACCUUAUUGCAAGAAAAGGCGAAAACAAAUCGGUUGCUCGAUUUAGUUGAUAGUCACAUGAAUGAUUUACAAUUGCACAAGGCAGAAAUAAUUGAAAUGAUGGAGCUCGCAAUGUGGUGCCUGCAGUGUGAUAGCAACAGAAGGCCUUCAAUGUCUACAGUGGUGAAGGUUUUGGAAGGUGCGAUGGGCGUGGAAACGAACCUUGAGUAUAAUUUUGUAGCUACUGGUACUCCAAUACCUAGCAAAGAUGAUUGUGCGGGUUCUUCAUUUGUUCCUCGUGCGUCUCUUUUGUCAGGGCCUAGUAAAGAAGGAAAAAUAUUAUGCGGGGAGCGUCCUUACUCCUUAGAAGGGACACGAUCGAUGGCGCCCAUGCGACUUCCCCAUGGCGUCCUCCUCCUCCUCCUCCUCCUCCUCUCCGCCUUGUUCUUUCCCCAGCUGUGUACCCUCCGCGCCGAGAAGCCGCCCUUCUGGUACAGGACAACCAAUCUCUCCACCACCUGGGUCAACGACGAUUCCCUUCCCCAUGCCGACACCGUAAGUAAUAUGGGCGCGGACUCCAAUAUCGGAGUUCGCGCCAUACUUCUCCGCGCCAACCCGGCCGGAUUCGGCCCCUCCUUCGCCUGCGGCUUCUUCUGCACCGCCGAUUGCGACGCCUUCCUGUUCUCCGUAUUCAUCGUCUACAGCGACGGCGGCGGCGGCGGCAACAUCACCAACCCCGCCCCCGGCCCCCCGCACGUCGUCUGGGCCGCCAACCGCGGCCGCCCCGUCGGCCAGAACGCCACGCUCCAGCUCGCCGAAACCGGCGGCGGCUUGAUUCUCCGCGACGCCGACGGCACUCUAGUGUGGUCCGCAAACACGUCGAGCAAGAACGUGGCAGGUCUAAGCCUGACGGAAGCGGGAAACUUGGUGCUCUCCGAUCGCGCCAACGCCUCCGUCUGGCAGUCCUUCGACCACCCCACCGACACGCUCGUCAUCGGCCAGUCGCUGGCCGAGGGCAUGCGUCUCACCGCGAACCUCUCCGCCGCGAAUGACACCCCAAGCGAAUCACUGUACCUCGCCGUCUUCCCCGACGGUCUCCGCGCCUACAUCGACUCCGAUCCCCCGCAGCUCUACUAUUCAAAGGUGAUAACCCCCAGAAGCAGUAACGCAACAAGUAAGAAGUCAGCCUACGUGACCUUCCUGAAUGGCAGCCUUGCAAUCUCCACUUCAUUCACGGACCCCGACGAGGAGAUCCCCCUGCCCGCGGCCAGUACUGCAGCGUCUUUGCAGUUUAUGAGGUUGGAGCCUGACGGGCACUUAUGGCUUUACGAGUGGACCGGUAAAUACGCGAAGAUUGUAGAUGAUGUGAUGGAUAUGGACAGCUGCGAGUAUCCUACCGUAUGCGGCGACUAUGGCAUUUGCUCGAACAGCGGCCUGUGCAGCUGCCCUUCGGCAACCUACUUUCAGCCGGUUAACAAUCAGCUACCAGAUCUCGGGUGUGCCCAGUUGACACCUCUAUCUUGCCAAUCAACGCAAGAUCAUCAACUAUUACCUCUUAACAAUAUUACUUACUUCAAUUACAUCGACGCGCCGACGUUGCAGGGUGUCAGUGAAGAGAGUUGCAAGCAGGCCUGUUUGAAGAACUGUUCUUGCAAAGCUGCUCUGUUUAAGUAUGGCGGUAAUUCUUACAAUGGCUCCUGCUACUUGCCGUCGCACCUCUUUUCAUUGCAGACGAAUGAAAUUGUAAAGCCUUAUUAUAAUUCUUCUUCGUAUAUUAAGGUGCAGAACAUUCCAAAAUCCCCAACUUCUGCUUCACCCAAAAGCCCAGCCGAAAGCCCACCUGAAAGCCCAGCCGUUCCCAAGAAGAGUUCCAAAAGGAGAGCUCUGGUAGGGACUGCACUAGGAGUUGGAUUUUCUAUAAUGGUCCUCGCCAUUCUUAUUGUGAUUGCAGUACGUAAAUGUAUGGAAAGGGAAGAGGAGGAAGAGGAGGAACCAAUUUUCCAUCAAGUGCCAGGAAUGCCGAGAAUAUUUUCGUUCAAGGAGCUGAAAGAAGCAACUGACAACUUCUCCGAGAAGCUCGGAGAGGGAGGAUUCGGAUCCGUUUUCGAGGGCAAAAUAAACGACGUAAAGGUUGCCAUCAAACGCUUGGAUGGUAUAGGUCAAGGUAAGAAAGAGUUCUUCGCCGAGGUCGAGACUAUCGGCAGCAUUCACCACAUCAAUCUCGUUAAAAUGGUCGGAUUCUGCGCAGAGAAGACUCACAGGCUUUUGGUUUACGAGCACAUGUGUCACGGAUCACUCGACAAAUGGAUCUUCUACAAAGACCAAGCCACGCCCCUUGAUUGGCAAACUCGACGAAAAAUUAUCCUGGACAUAGCAAGAGGUCUAUCGUAUCUCCACGAAGAUUGCAGGCAAAAAAUUGCUCAUCUCGACAUCAAGCCGCAAAACAUCCUCCUAGAUGAGAAAUUCAAUGCAAAGGUUUCCGAUUUUGGAUUAGCGAAGCUAAUAGAUAGAGAUCAGAGUGAAGUAGUUACUCGAAUGAGAGGCACGCCGGGGUACUUAGCGCCGGAAUGGUUGACUUCAAUAAUCACCGAGAAGGUCGAUAUCUACAGCUUCGGUAUUGUCGUAACGGAGAUUAUCUGUGGGAGGAAGAACUUAGAUCAUUCCCAACCCGAAGAGAGUAUUCAUUUGAUUACCUUAUUGCAAGAAAAGGCGAAAACAAAUCGGUUGCUCGAUUUAGUUGAUAGUCACAUGAAUGAUUUACAAUUGCAGAAGGCAGAAAUAAUUGAAAUGAUGGAGCUUGCAAUGUGGUGCCUGCAGUGUGAUAGCAACAAAAGGCCUUCAAUGUCUACAGUGGUGAAGGUUUUGGAAGGUGCGAUGGGCGUGGAAACGAACCUGGAGUAUAAUUUUGUAGCUACUGGUACUCCAAUACCUAGCAGAGAUGGUUGUGCGGGUUCUUCAUUUGUUCCUCGUGCAUCUCUUUUAUCAGGGCCUAGGUAAAAGUAUAAUUUCUGUAUAACCUGUAAUUCUACUUGCUGGGUAGCUAUAUUUGUAAUCAGAAAAUUAAUUUUCUACAUUAUAUGUUAUGUCUUCCAAAAGCAGCUAUUAUGUACGUAACCUCUCAUGCAUAAUGUUACAU